AUGGGGUCGCUACAUACAUGGAGAAAAGCAUACGGUGCUAUCAAAGAUAGCACCAAGGUUGGACUUGCCCAUGUCAAUUCCGAUUACAAGGAUGUUGAUGUGGCGAUCGUCAAAGCUACGAAUCAUGUCGAGUGUCCGCCCAAAGAUAGACACCUCAGAAAAAUUUUUGUUGCCACGUCAGCAAUUCGACCACGGGCUGAUGUUGCAUACUGUAUACAUGCGCUUGCAAGACGGUUGGCCAAGACACAUAACUGGACGGUUGCUUUAAAGACGCUAAUAGUUAUCCAUAGAACAUUGCGAGAAGGUGAUCCGACAUUUAGGGAGGAACUUCUGCAUUUCCAGCAGAGAGUGCACAUUCUCGAUAUGUCGAAUUUCAAGGAUGAUUCAAGCCCCAUUGCUUGGGAUUACUCUGCCUGGGUACGGACAUAUGCACUCUACUUGGAAGAACGACUUGAAUGCUUUAGGAUACUGAAGUACGACAUUGAAUCUGAGCGUCUUCCAAGACCUGCACAAGGAGAAGAUAAGAUUUACAGCAGAACUAGAGAGUUGAACAGUGAAGAACUGUUGGAGCAAUUGUCUACUUUGCAGCAGCAGUUGCAUCGUCUUAUUGGAUGUCAGCCUGAAGGAGCAGCUUUGGGAAAUUAUGUGAUUCAGUAUGCCCUUGCCCUGGUACUCAAAGAGAGCUUCAAAAUUUAUUGUGCUAUUAAUGAUGGGAUUAUUAAUCUUGUCGACAAGUUUUUUGAGAUGCCAAGACAUGAAGCAGUCAAGGCUCUUGAUAUCUACAAAAGAGCUGGGCAGCUGGCUGGUAGUCUUUCUGGUUUCUAUGAAGUGUGCAAAGGCCUUGAACUUGCUAGAAAUUUCCAAUUCCCUGUGUUGAGAGAGCCUCCACAGUCCUUUCUAGUUACCAUGGAGGAGUAUAUAAGAGAAGCACCACGAAUGGUUUCUGUUCCGAUUAUGUCCUUGGAAUAUCCUGAAAUGCUUCAGUUGACUUAUAAACAAGACGAUGUUCCUUCACCUUCUGAAGAGACAAAAGUGAUGCAUGAGGAACCCAAGCCAGCACCUUCAGAAAAUGUUGCUGUUGCUGUCUCAACCGCUGAGGCUGUUGGUCCUCCACACCCUCCAACUAACUUGGACACUGAUGAUCUACUGGGGUUGAAUGUCACUGCACCUGAUGCAUCUGCUAUCGAGGACAGCAAUGCAAUGGCUUUAGCAAUAGUUCCAUCUGGUACUACAUUUGGUUCUGAUGCUUCGCAAGCCAAAGACUUUGAUCCUACUGGAUGGGAACUUGCGCUGGUCAGCACUCCGAGCAAUGACUUGUCUUCAUUUCAGGAGAGGCAAUUGGCUGGUGGACUGGAUUCACUUACACUGCAUAGUUUGUAUGAUGAUGCUGCAUAUAGAGCAUCCCAGCAACCAGCAUAUGGAGUACCUGCGCCUAAUCCAUUUGAAGUUGCAGAUCCAUUUGCUAUGUCUAACACUGUUGCUCCUCCUCCAGCAGUUCAAAUGGCUCAUAAUCAAACAAAUCCUUUUGCCCCACUCCAACCUAUUUAUCCACAGCCCCAACAGCAACACCAUUUAUUGAUGACCCCACAAAAUCCUUUCGGUGAUACAGGGUUUGGAGCAUUUCCUGUCAAUCCUGCUGGGCACCCUCAAACUACUAAUCCGUUUGGAAGCACGGGUCUACUAUAA